GAAGUGCACAAAUGGGUUUCUCCUCAGCUUCCUGGAAGCUUCCUUCGCUGCCUCAUGCAGGCCAUUCUCAGUCCCUGCGUACAUCCAUCUGACUCGCAGCUUGAUUUGUGGGAUCAGGAUCAAGACCUGGAUCUGGAUCUGGAUCUCUUCCAUUGACUCGAUCUCCACCGAAUGCCUUCAUAGAUCUCUUUGUCUCGCUGCAGCUUGAUUCGUGGCAAAGGUGCUCAACCUUCAUCUAUCUGGCUGGCUCCUUGAUACCUUGCUGAUUCUCUUUUGCAUGUGAAAGAGGCCGCGUAUACAAAUAGAGAAAUGCUACAUUUAGAUGGCAUGAUAAAUGAAUCCUCACCAUCGAAGACUUUUGCGUUGACUGUAAAAAGGAGGUGCACAAAUGGGUUUCUCCUCAGCUUCCUGGAAGCUUCCUUCUCUGAUCUCAGCCUCAUCCAGGCCAUCCUCAGUCCCUGCGUUCGUCCAUCUCACCAAGUGCCUGCAUAGAUCCCUCUGUCUCACUGCAGCUUGAUUCGUCGGUAGCGAUGAAUAUCUUAUGGAGUUGCAUAAUAGAAGGGUUACACAAGUACGUUAACCCCAAUGAAAAAAUGCAGAAAUUGAAACAGAAGAUGGAUAUAUUGGAAAGUCGUGAGGCUGACAAAAGCAUAGAAGUUCAAAUUUUGGAGUUUCGAACGGGAAGGAAACGAAAGAGGGAAGUUGUAAAUUGGUUGAGAAAUGUACAAAGCAAAAAAGAUGAGGUACGAAGAAUAGAACAAGAAUUCUACGGGAGCAUAUUUCUUCCACGCAUAAGUCUUUGGAAUCAAAUUGAGAAAAUGACCAAGGAGGUGGAUGAACUGUUAGAACAAAAUAACUUUGCUGGAGGGCUAACAGUAGAUGUGCACAAACCCUUGGAACUAUUGACAGUGAAAUUAGUGGGCCAAAAAGCAAAAGAGAGCAUGAAAAAACUCUUGGCAUGCGUAAUGGAUGAUAGGGUGUUCAGCAUUGGCAUCUACGGAAUGGGGGGUGCUGGGAAAACCGCACUUGCAAUGCAUAUCCACAAUGAACUCUUAAAGAAUCCUCGAAGUUAUGGUCAUGUUUAUUGGAUCACCGUGUCGCAACAAUCCUGUAUUUAUGAAUUGCAGGGUGACAUUGCCAAGGUACUACGCCUAGAAAAUCUUCCUUCGGGGGAGAAGGAGAGGCAAAAAAGGGCCGCCACUUUGUCCAGAGCAUUGGUAAACAGGAAGGAAACGGUGCUAAUUUUAGAUGAUAUGUGGGAGCAUUUUACCCCGAAAAAUGUCGGGAUACCUAUUGGGCCAGAUGGGCCUAAGUUGAUUCUAACCACUCGAUCAUUAUCAGUGUGCCGCCAAAUGGGUUCCCAAGAAAUAAUCAAAGUGGAGCCUCUUUCAAAUGACGAAGCUUGGGAGCUAUUUAUGGAAAAACUCGAGCUUCAUGGCGAACUUUCUCCGGAUGUGAAAGUUGUUGCUAUGUCCAUGGCUGAGGAAUGUAGGGGUUUGUCACUUGGGAUUAUCACAAUGGCAAGAAGCAUGCGAGGAGUCGAUGACAUUCGUGAAUGGAGGACUGCUGUGAAGGAAUUGAGAGAAUCAAAGUCAGGGAGACAUGAUAUGGAAGAGGAGGUCUUCUCUAUAUUGAGAAUCAGCUAUGGUCGCUUGAAGGAUCCAAUAGUGCAGAAGUGUUUCUUAUAUUGCGCAUUGUAUCCUGAAGACAGUGAAAUGGAAAGAGAGGAAUUGAUAAAGUACUUUAUUGCAGAGGGACUGAUAGACGGAAUGGGCGGUCAGCAGGCUGAGUUUGACAAGGGUCACACCAUAUUAAAUGAACUGGAAAACUCUUGCUUGCUAGAAAAUGCAACGAGUUUUCCGGGUGACUCACUGAAGGUGAAGAUGCAUGAUUUGGUAAGAGACAUGGCGCUACAAAUAAGUGGAAAGGGCAGUAGUACAGCUGGUCCUCGUUUCUUGGUAAAAGCUGGACUUAAGUUGAGAGAAAUACCGGAGGACUGGGCUCAGGAUCUGGAGAGAGUUUCCUUAAUGCGUAAUGAUAUAACAGAAAUUAAGGCAGGGAUAUCACCAAGAUGUCCUAAACUCUUAACCUUGAUGCUACAGGAAAAUCGUUUGAAGAAAAUUCCAGGCUCUUUCUUUUUGCAGAUGUGUGCCCUAAAAGUUCUUGAUUUAUCUAGAAAUGAGGUUCUACAGAGGCUACCAAAUACCAUAUCAGACUUGGAGAAUCUUACUGCAUUAUUGCUCAGAUAUUGUAGGAGGCUAAAAUAUGUGCCUUCACUAGCAAAGCUUCAGGCAUUAAAGGAGUUGGACCUUGGAAAGACUGGUAUAGAAAAAGCACCUGAAGGUAUGGUGAAUUUGGUCAACCUGAAAGUGUUGUAUAUGGAUUGUCUAAAGGAGAAUGUAGUUGUAGGAGAAGAGAUACUGCCUCAAAUGAGGGAUCUCGAAAAAUUUGUUGGCCGAAUCGGGAAUGUGAGAAGACACGUCCUGAGUUUGCUCUCUGAGAUUGCUCAAAAAAUUAGUAGGCUGAAUGCCUACUAUAUAAUGGUUAGAUCCGGAUUUUUUUAUGAUUUUCCUUUUUAUGGUUUUCCAUCAAUGCCGCGGUGUUCUAAAGCAGUAACGCUUGAGGGGUGGAGUGUGAAUACAGAGAUCCUUGUCCAUUUAUUUCCUAACAUUGACUACCUAAGGUUUAAUAGGUGUCAUGAUUUAAGGGCACUUCCAUGCGGCACAUUUUCAAGUCUCAAAGAGUUGGAAAUAGUUGGGUGCCCAAAAAUCAAGAAGCUGUUCACCCGGGGGUUGUCGCAUCAAUAUCUUCCUAGCCUGGAAACAAUCAGAGUCAGGCAAUGCGAGCAAAUGGAGGAGAUAGUAGCUGGUGAAGAAGAAAGAGAAGUCAAUGGCACAUUUUCAAGUCUCAAAGUGUUGGAAAUAGAGAAGUGCCCAAAAAUCAAGAAGUUGUUCACACGUGGGUUGCUGCAGCAAUAUCUUCCUAGCCUGGAAACAAUCAGAGUCUGGUACUGCGACCAAAUGGAGGAGAUUGUAGCUGGUGAAGAAGAAAGAGAAGUCAAUGGCACAUUUUCAAGUGUCAAAGUGUUGGAAAUAGUUGGGUGCCCAAAAAUCAAGAAGCUGUUCACACGGGGGUUGCCGCAGCAAUAUCUUCCUAGCCUGGAAACGAUCAAAGUCUGUUCGUGCGAGCAAAUGGAGGAGAUAGUAGCUGGUGAAGAAGAAAGAGAAGUCAAUGGCACAUUUUCAAGUCUCAAAGUGUUGCAGAUAGUUGGGUGCCCAAAAAUCAAGAAACUGUUUCCUGAUAGGUUGGUUCGGCAUCUCCAAAACCUGGAACUUCUUGGUGUUUGCAGGUGUGACAACAUUGAGGAGAUAGUAGGAGAAGCAGAAGAAAAUGAUGACCGGGCAACUGCUGAUCUAAGUAUUACCUGUUCAGCCUCAAACAAUGACAAAAUCGGCAUAAAAACAAUCCAUCUUCCAAAAUUGAGGUAUUUAGAAUUGUGGGGGCUACCAGAAUUGAAAAGCAUCUAUAGGAGAAAGAUGGUCUGUGAUACUCUUCUUCGUGUUGGGAUAAGUAAGUGUCCGAAGCUAAAGAGGCUCCCUCUCUACCUUCCCCUGCAUCCCGUGAAUGGACAACCAUCUCCUCCCCCUGCUCUCCGGGGAAUCAUUACUAAAGACGAUGAAUGGUGGGAAUCUUUGGUCUGGGACCAUCCCGCUGCUAAACCUGCCCUGCAACCCUUCCUCAAAAUACGUAAGAGAAAUGCCCGAGAAUUACUAAGAGUCUAAGAUGUUAAGCCUCCUGUGCUGGUCACUAUGUGAACAUUCAUUUUUGUUUUGCUUUUUUGACGAGGCAUUUCAUUUCAUCAGAUGUUAGUAUUUUAAUUUUGGCUUGGUUACAGUAGAUUUUUCUGUGGCAUGAUGGAUGGCCAUGUUAUGUGACUAAAGGUUGUGCUUGUUUUAGGUUUACUGUUUUCUGUCUGCUUUAGCCAUUCAAAUGUUCUUGACGGUAUGCCGCAGUUGGAAUCGUUGUAUUGAUGUUCUGUGGGAAACAACUACCUGAUAUUUUGAUUUCUCUUGAAUAAUGUAUUUGACUUUGAAAA